AGCAGCACAGUGUCGUUAUAAUGACGUCAAUUAUUGGACAUUAUUAGUCGGCGACGUCGUAGACCAAUAAGCGACGUCCAUAUGACGUGACAUUUCAGAUGUCAUUUUGACGUCGUCUAGAGACGUCUUUCGUACGUUUGUUUUCGGUCGUUUUAAGUGCUUUUUAAUCAACUAUAAAAAAAAUUAGAACGAAAGUUUAUUACAAAAACUAAGCCCUAUACGUGCUUUAUAAAAAAUUGUACAUUUUAAAUUGUUGUUUACCUAAAAUUUGGAUAUAAAUAUAAAUUCAUUAAUUAGCAAUGAAAAUACUAAACUGACGUUUUAAGUGGAAAUGCAAUUUGAAUUUAAAGAUGAAGUGAGAAUGUUGUAAUUAACAAUUAUUUAACUAUUUUAUUAGUAGGAAACAAUUAUUUUUAGCAUCGAUUCCUGUCGAGGCUGUCGACCAAGAUUUAAUUUUGGCGCGUUUUUAAUCGAAAUGCCACGAUACGAUACGAGACGUGCAGGCGCAUGCGUGCUGGACUGCUGGUGUGAACGCGUGUGCGCGUAAUGGCGGACGGCAGCAAAAAGUUGUUUGGCUGGAUCCGAAAACAAGAUCGCAGUGGCAAUCACGCCAGUAAUACAGAUUUACCAGAUGAUAUAGGCGUACAGUUUCCUUUGAAUUCUCAAGAGGAUAUUACCAAAUUGGAAACAUACCUGAGUGAAAAAAAUAAUUGCCUGGCUUUGGUGGGUGUUCUGUACCACUUAAUAUGUAUUUUACAAUUUAAAUUAUGUGAUUCCAGUCGGCAUAUCUAUCGACUUUUGGAGGGAGAGAUUUUACUGGACAUACAAACCGGAUUUUAAAUUUUUUGUUCACUUAUUCUCUUGCAACUAAUUGGAAUUUUUGUGGCAAACGAGGUGAGAAAAAGGCUUUUAAAAACUUAAACGUAAAGGAUGUGAUUAUUGGUAAGUGUUUUCACUUGUAGGUGCAUACUUAUUAUUAAUCUGAAACAACAUUUUUAGGUGCUGUAAGAAAAAGCUCCCCUCUAGUCAGUCAGAAAGAAAUAGAAGAUACCAUCAAGGUGUGGUUGAAACAUGCACCAGAGAAAUUGAAAAAGCAGCAGCAUGGCAACCCGUAAGAAAAAAAGUGUUGUUAGUCAAAGACAACUCUACAGAAGGGUGGCAGAAGCAAAUUUAGCACCUGUGAGUCAGAAUUGUUAUAAUACAUCUUUAAUAGUUAAUAAUGAUUCCAAUGAAUCAUCAAAUUCCUUUUUUUUUGCUGAUUCAAUGUGUGAAAGUGAAAAUGCCACCUGUUCCUCAAGAGAUUUAGAUUUUAAUGUAAACUCGCCUAAUGAAAAUUUGCUCUUCAAUGAUGCGACGUUAUACAACCAUUUGACUUCCUAUUCCAGUAACGUGCCCCCUAACGAUUUAUUUCCUAAUGAACCGCCGCCUAGCGAUUUGCAUUCGAAAUUGUCAAACUGGGCAGCUUCAAGGUACGUUCGACGUACAGUAGUUACUCAUCUCUUGCAUAUCUUGCAUCCAUACCAUAAUGAGUUACCGUUAGACAGUCGAACGCUGCUGAAAACGCCCAGAGAAACGAAAACAAAAUCGUUGUUAAAUGGCGAAUAUUGUCAUUUUGGACUUGUUAACGCUUUAAAAUUAAAGUUAUUGUCAGUGCCUAAUAUUUCUCAGUACAGCAUUAUCAUCAUUUCAUUUAAUGUAGAUGGACUACCCAUUUAUAGAAAUGGUCAGAAACAUGAUCUCUGGCCCAUUUUAGCACUUGUAAAAAAUUUUAAGAGUGAGCCGUUUGUUGUUGGUUCUUUUUUAGGAAGUGGCAAACCAAAUUUAUUGUCAGCGUUUUUAGAAGAUUUUUUAAUUGAGUUAUCGAACUUACUUACCACGGGCAUUGAAAUUAAUAAUAAUAUCCAUGAAGUAAAAUUUCACAGCUUUGUUUGCGAUGCUCCUGCGCGCGCAUAUCUGAAAUGUGUGAAGACCCAUUCAGGGUAUAGUUCCUGUGAAAGGUGCGACAACUCUGGAGAACACCUGGGACGUGUCAUUUUCAAAAAUUUACCUUUUAACAAGAGAGACAACGAAUCUUUUUGGACUAAAAUUGAUGUAUCUCAUCAUCAUGGAGAAUCUCCUCUAAUAGCUCUUCCUAUAGAUUUGAUCUAUGUCUUUUCUUUAGACUAUAUGCACCUAGUUUGUCUAGGUGUAAUGAAAAAACUUUUGCGUAUUUGGACAGGACGCGCAAGCCGAGCCAAAAUGAGCUCUACUGCAUUUCAAAAUGUAUCUGAAAAAAUUGUUUUUCUCAGUAAAUGUAUUCCAGCAGAAUUCAAUCGGAAAGGGCGCAGUUUGUCUCAGUUGGCAGAUUGGAAAGCAACGGAAUUUCGAACAUUUUUACUGUAUAUUGGGCCAGUUGCUUUGUAUGGGAAUGUCGAUUUGGCAAUAUAUGAGCAUUUUUUGCUAUUUCAUUGUUCAAUUAUGAUACUUAUUUCUAAACGCCAUAUUGAAAAAUUCGGAGUUCCAUUUGCGUGCCAACUUUUGCAUUUAUUCGUAACGCACAGUGAAAAGAUCUACGGAUUAGAGUUCUUAGUUUACAAUGUACAUUUCUUAUUACAUUUGGCAGAUGACGUUGAAAAUUUCGGGCCACUAGACAAUUCGUCAGCAUUUCCAUUUGAAAAUUAUCUCCACCAUUUAAAAUCGUUAGUUCAGUCUCCGAAUAAACCGUUACAACAGAUUAAUAGACGCUUAAAAGAAAUUGAAAUGACAGUGUACGAAAAACAUGACUCUACUUCACCUGAUGAUGAACACUUCUGUAAAUGUGAAUUGUCCCAUUUCUUAGGACCAACGCCAAAUUUCUCUUGCAAGCAGUAUAAAAAGCUUCAUUAUAAAGAUUUUAUUUUUUCUAUUGCAUCAUAUUCAGAAGCAAAUUGUUUUUGUCUUACCUUAGAAGGAAUGGUUUUCAAAAUAGAAAAUAUAGUAGUGGAUAAUAAUGGAGCAGUUUUUAUAUUAGGUAGGAGGUUUCAGGAUUACCGUUCAUUUUACAAAUACCCUGUCGACUCAAAAGAAUUCUAUGUUUAUCGCAUCCAAAAUUUAUCAGAGUAUAUCGAGUUAUUGCACUGCCACAAAGUUUUUUCGAAAUGUAUUGUUUUUCCUUUCAAGCAGGAAUGGUUGUCAUUUUCAUUAUUGCAUCAUUAGUAAUUCCUUAUUUCAACUUUUAUGUUCUAUAAGUGUAAUAGUAUGUAGUUUUUUAAGAUUUUGUAAUAAACUGGUAUUAAUUUGAA